AAAAAUUUAUAUUAAUUAAAAGUAGUCAAGCAAUAAUUCAUAAUUUGUGUUUUAAAAGCUUCGUACAAGCUUGUCUCGGUAACCGUAUGCAAAAAAGUCUGACAUGUGGACAAUUUUCAUACUUUCCACUCAUUGCAUUCUUAUAACUUAAAAAAAAAAAAGCAUUUAAACUGCUACUUAGCUAAUUAAUUCUUGUACAAGAAGUCAAGGGCCGUGCGCAUUUAAUAAGUACCGUCAUUUAUGUACAUGUCGCGCAUCUUAUUUCAUUCUAUGUACGUCGAUUUUGCACAAUUCCAAAAUAAUACCGUCAAUAUUUAGCUUGCAUUAAUCCUUUAAAAUGUCAUCUUUGCCAUUGUCGUUUCGUAAAAGAUCUAAGAUAUUUCAAGGGGAUAUUUAAGGGACUGUACGCAUCGCUCUAUUUAAAAGAAAAAAGAGUUAACAGGUUCUCAAGCAAGUCGACUGAGAACGCGUAGAGAAAGGUUUAGGCAAUUCGUAGAUACAUGGACUCAUGUCAUAGCUGGAUUAACAUUGUGUCACGAGCUGGUGAAGCAAAAAUGCAGACUACAUGCAACUGAUUUCUCAUUGAGAAUGCAUUAAACGCCUUUCAUUUUUUUUGUACCGUAUUGAAAAUAUGGAAAUUGAAGGUUAUCUAGAACUCGUUAACAUUAGUCAAACAAAAUUCUAGACCACGAUGACGAACUUUAAAAAAAACAGAUUUGAAUUUAAUAAUAUCUCCAUCAGUUUAUAUAUCUGUAUUUGUAUUUGUGGAUUUAUCUAAACAGAUAUCCAAAUUGUUGUCGGACCUUUUGUAAUUAAAUGUCAUAAGUUCUUGUCCUGGCGAGGAAAAUGGAUGGUCCCUGCAUUAAAGCUUUUGUAAAUCCUUUCGGUCAACGUCCAUGGAUGACACGAGAAGGUGCUGCUGCUGCACCCUCCGGCGGUAGUAAAGGCUUAAAGGGCAUUAUAGCCGGUGGCAUUACCGGUGGCCUCGAAAUCUUAAUCACCUAUCCGACGGAAUAUGUUAAGACACACUUGCAAUUAGACGAGAAAGGUGCCGCUAAGAAAUACACUGGUGUUAUUGAUUGUGUUAAAAAGACCGUUCAACAACGUGGCUUCUUUGGCCUAUACAGAGGUUUAAGUGUUCUAUUAUAUGGCAGUAUACCGAAGUCCGCGUGUAGAUUUGGCGCUUUCGAACAGAUCAAAUAUUUUUUGGUUGACGAAAAUAAUCAGUUAAGCAGUGCAAGCAAAUUGUUAGCUGGUUUGGGUGCGGGCGUUUGCGAAGCCAUUGUUGCUGUAACGCCCAUGGAGACUAUUAAAGUGAAAUUUAUUAAUGAUCAACGUAGCGAGAAUCCUAAAUUCAAGGGAUUCUUUCAUGGAGUUGGUACCAUUGUUAAAACAGAAGGCUUUGGUGGUAUUUAUAAGGGUUUGACGCCUACUAUUUUGAAGCAGGGUUCUAAUCAGGCAAUACGUUUCUUUGUUAUGGAAACUCUGAAAGAUUUAUAUAAACGUGGAGAUUCAGAGAAGAAAGUGCCAACCCUUUUGGUAGGUGUGUUUGGUGUUGUAGCUGGGGCUGCUUCAGUAUUCGGCAAUACACCGUUAGAUGUAGUGAAGACACGCAUGCAAGGCUUGGAAGCGGCAAAGUACAAAGGUACGGUGGAUUGUAUAGUAAAAAUUUGGCAAAAGGAAGGUCCAUUCGCCUUUUAUAAGGGGACUGUGCCUCGUCUGGGGCGCGUAUGCCUUGAUGUAGCCAUAACCUUUAUGAUUUAUGAUAGCUUUAUGGAAUUAUUUAAUAAAAUUUGGAAAUAACCAAUCAUUUUGAUUGAUUAGCCAAUUAUUUGGUUAACAGCAGGACAGAAAUUUGAUCGCAUAAAAACUUUACCUUUCCGCUCGUUUAAUUCGUAUAGGUAGACAUCCGUAAAUCAGAAUCAUUAUUCCAUUUACCAGUCUUGCAUGAUAGAUUUUGUCUUGCGCAUUAUAUUUACAUCUACAUUUUCUAAAAAUGAAUGUAUGUGGCAUUACAAAUCAAUUUUAAUAUAUGUGAAUUAUUUUCCGUCUAGUUAAAGAUCUAAAUUUUUUUUUUUUUUUUUUUGUGUACAUAUAUCAAUCAAUAUUUUUGUUUAAUUAUUUAUAAAUUUUUAAAUCACAAUUUUUUUGCUUUUUUUAUAUUUUAUCUAAUAUAAUAAAAUGUGUACCUUACUGAAAACUGGUGGCGACAUAAAAAA